CGGACGUAUACGUACGUUACACUCUCUAUACAGCCAUGAUACGACGACGCGUACUUCUCAGCCGGGCCACGGUAAAACGCGAAAGAAAAAAAAACUUGGCGAGUUCUGGCGAAGUCGCGAAAAUUAUCCGUUUUACCGCAAGGUUUUGGAGGAUCGUGAACUUUAGUAGGGAGAUCCAGGGUUGCGUCGGUCUGUUGCGGUUUGGCGGUUUAUGAAGUUAUCGUUCAAACGUUUACGUUAACGUUCAGCGGGACUCCAGGCUCUCCGAACUUGAAAUUCGUACCUGACAGGCAUGACCAAGCCUAAGCCUUUAGGAAGCCUCUGCUCAUGAAUUCAGAAAGGAAUGGUGGCCCAUCAUGGCAUGGACGUCAAUGAUGGAAUGAAACGAUGAUGCGGCGGCGUCUUAGUGCUCCACGACAAAUAGAGUUGGCCCGCCACGGCUAUAUGCAGCUGCAGCCAAGAGAUCGCAGCGAGGUCACCGUCGUCGUUCGUGGUCAUGAGAUGCAGAGUAAGGUAAGGUUCGUAGCCCAGCCCAAGCUCAAGUCGCUCAUGUCAAUCCAACAUCAACCGCCACUAGCACGACUGCCCGUCAAUUGAAGCUCAAGCUUAUUUCAAGAUCCGAGUCCCCGUCCCUUCCUUGUUUGAGUAUGUCCCUAUGUUCUUCGUUCAUUGUUACUUCACUCGGAU